CUCAAGCUUAAAUACCAUCCAUCAUCACCUCUUAUUCUUCAAGAGCUUCACAUCUUAACCUCCAAUCGAACACCACAAACCGCCCCAAUCGCCACUACACCUCCAGCAAAAUGCCUUCCCUCAACGGACGCGAAAUCGGCCACACCGGCUACGGAACCAUGAGAAUGACCUGGGUCCCCCAGCCUCCCUCUGACGAGCAAUGCUUCGAAACCCUGAACGCCACUCUCAAGCUCGGAGCCAACUUCUGGAACGCCGGCGAGCUCUACGGCACACCCGAUUACAACUCGUGCCACCUCCUGAACAAAUACUUCACCAAGUACCCCGAGAACGCCGACAAGGUCGUCCUGAGUAUCAAGGGUGGCUUGAAGCGUGGAGAGCUUACUCCCGAUAGCUCCGAGGCCAACAUCCGCCGGAGUGUGGACGAGUGUCUGCGCGUGCUGGAUGGAAAGAAGAAGAUCGAUAUCUUCGAAUGCGCUAGACAGGAUCCGAACGUGCCGGUGGAGCAGCAAGUGACUGUCCUGGCGCAAUAUGCCAAGGAGGGCAAGAUCGGAGGUAUUGGGUUGAGUGAGGUGGAUGCAGAGACUAUUCGCAGAGCUCACAAGGUCCACCCGAUCGCAGCGGUAGAGGUUGAAUUGUCCCUCUUUGACACCACAAUCCUCAACAAUGACGUCGCGAAGGUUUGCGCUGAGCUCAACAUCCCCGUUGUGGCUUACUCGCCCUUGGGCCGCGGUGUGUUGGCCGGCGCUUUCACCAGUGUGAAUGAGAUCCCUGAGGGCGAUUUCCGCAGAAUGCUACCCAAGUUCCAGGAGGAAGCCAUGAAGGAAAACAUCAAGCUGGUCAAUGAGGUCAAGGCCCUGGCCACGCGCAAGGGUGUGGCUCCUGUACAGAUCGCCUUGGCUUGGAUCCUCACUCUCAGCGGCAAGCCGGGAAUGCCCACCAUUAUUCCCAUCCCCGGUGGUACGACGGUUGACAAGGUUACUCAGAACCUGGAGGGAGUGCCUCGCCUUAGUGAUGCUGAGAUGGACGAGCUUAAGGGCAUUUUGGAACGGAUCCAGGUGGUCGGAAGUCGCUACUAAGCUACGGUUGUACGGUCUUCAUAGGGCAUGUGCUUUGGCGAUUUCUUGAUAAUGAAUAUGAUAUCAUUG